AUGAGCUUAACUAGAAAAUCUACGAGAAAAAGAAGGGUCACUACAAAAGCUGCUGAAGGAGAUCUUGCAAUUGACACUGAAAACGAACCGGCAGUUCGUUGCAUUUGCGGUUUUCAGGCAGAUAACGGCGAUGUUUGGGUUCAAUGCGACGGUUGUGAUUGCUGGCAACAUGCCGGUUGUGUUGGACUUUCGGAAGAGACAAUUCCUGAAAGCUUUUUUUGUGAAACAUGUCGACGGCCAGCUGAAAGUGACCAUGAAAAUGAGCAGGAAGAACCUUCAUUCCAAAACUCAAAGUCUCCGCAAUAUUUUAUUGCUCAACCUCCACAUGAUUCAUACAUAGAACAGGGAAAAGUGGAUGAACCAUCUGAAACUUUCACCGUUAAAGAUAAAGAGUCAACGUUUGUUCCUGAAGAAAGAGAGGAGUCGCCAUCAUCAAUAUCAUCCCAAUCUUCGUCUGAUGCCGCUCCUUCUCCUGCUGGCAUUUCGGAUUCUACCAGUUUUAUUGCUGGUAAGCGCAAAGUGACUUCUUUUGAACCCCCUUCCUAUGCUUCCAAACGUGUCAAAGGUACAGAACAAAAACCUCAAACCGAAGCAGCUUCCCAGGAGGAUUUAAAUAUAAGUUCAUCGGUCGAGGAACUAAAAAAUCCAGUUAGAAGGAGUGUCGCUAAAGCCUGGGUCUCAGUUAUCGAAACUAUUAUAAAAAAGGCUGGCGAAGAAGGUGUCACUGGUUUACAGGGAAUAAAUCCCACAGUCUCGGCUCUAAAAUUGGAAAAUACCAUGUUUUUAGAGCUAUCGUAUAAUGAAAACCAAAGUGCAAAUCCAAAUAAUAAAUAUAGAGAAAAGUUUCGGGCCCUUCGCUUUAAUUUGGUUGAUGACAAAAACCCUGCUUUCCGUGCUCGUGUUUUAAAGCAAGAAAUUCCGUUCUCCAAACUGGUUCACAUGACCAGCGAAGAAAUGGCAAAUCCAGACUUGAAGUCUUUGGCUGAAACUAUUCGUCAGCAAAGCACUGAGAAUACUGUUUUGAAGCAACAUACUCUCGGCUAUCGCAUUCGUACUAUGCAAAAUGGUGAAAUGGUUGUGCAAGACGAACAAAUUGUCGAUAUCGAUACAAACAACUCAACCAUACUAUUGCCGAGCAAAGUAACUAUUCCUCCUCCUCCACCUGAAGAAGGUACUGCCCCAGAGAAGAUUGAAUCACCUGCUUUUUCUGAAAGCAAGUCUGCUUCCAACUCUGACGAACCUUCUAAUGAUUAUAUUAAAAAAGAAGAUACUAGUGAAAUAAAAAAAAAUGUAAAUUUACCUUCGAUCGUUGAGAUUGACGAUCCUUCUGUACUAGAUAUAGUCGAGAAGGAAUCACUCACUAAUAAUGAGCAUCUGUCUUCUCCGUAUUCACCUAAAGAAGAGGAAGAAGAGGUCCCAGAAGUAGAGAAUGUUUCGACCAAAAAGAAUGCUCUAUGGAAGGGAAAGGUGAAGAUGGCGUCCGUCUCUGAAUUUUCCGCAGAAGCUAUAUUAUCGAGUGGUCAUAUCGACUUCAAAUUUUUGUUUGAGAUUUUGUCUUCAACUGCUUUAAUUGAAGGUAGAAUAAGUAUCUCUUCAACUCUUCAAUAUUUACAGGCAUUGCAAAAGUCUCAGUCCAAGAGCAUUGUCUCUAUUUUGUUUCUUCCAACUAACAGCAAUGAAAUCGAUGGGUUUAAUGUUUUAUACUCUUAUUUUUUAGAACGGAAUCGAUAUGGUGUCCUACGCUCCAAAUCUGCCUCUGUUAAGGACGCGUACAUAAUUCCUAUUCCUUCAGGUGAAGAUGUUCCUGAAGUAGUGAACUUGCUGCACGAUUCCAAGUUACCGAAGAACAGAGAAUCUUUGUCUUUGCUAGGAGUUUUUGUUUUAAACAAGACUAAUGCGAGAGGCGAAGGCAUUGAAAAUACGCCCUCUUUGGGUUCCGCUUCUACGAUGUUAUCUUCUCUCCCUACUUCAAAGCCCAGCGCUACUGAAAAUGAAGAUACUUUGGAUAAUUCUUUAAAAAGAUUACUUAAUGUGCUAAGUCAAGAAGACAUUUUUUUAGUAAGGCAUGUUGUAGAGAGCAAUCCUCUUAUUAAGGCAAACCCUAAUCUCGCCAUUGAUCCAAAGUUUAUGCAAAAAGCAAUCCUUGAUGAACAAAGCAAAUUCUCAAGGUAG